AUGCCACCAGGUCUGUCUAUCUUGAAGAAUAGUUCAACACCACCAGAUUGGAAGCUUUCUCCAAUUUUCACCGAGUACUAUGCACGCCUAAAAACUCUCUUCGAUCAACUAGCGAAUGUAGGAAAUCCCGUGUCGGAGAUGAAGAUGGUUUUACAAUUGAUCUCAGGUCUUAGUCGAGGCGAUUCUGAUACUAUCGCCACGCUCAUCCAGCAAUCUGACCCUCUGUCGACCUUUAACAAAGCAAGGUCUCAGUUGCUCCUGGAAGAAACUCGAUGCCUCAAACAAGAUCAACACAACCAACACGACCUCGUUACCCAACAUCCAGAUUCGUCUCAAUCUCAAAUUGAUUCGACUCAAUCUCACGAAAAUUCUUCUUCAGGACGUGAAUUAUUGUGGUGGUGGACGGGGUGGACAUGGACACAACCGAGGAGGAAUGGGGAGAGGAUGAGGUAG